AUGGCCGACGUGGAAUUUGCUGCCCUCCUCAUCAAGAAGAAAAAGAAGAAACAACUCAAAAAAGUGUAUAUUGUUGAUGAGUACUCUAAACGGAACAUCGAAAAGGCGACGAAAAUCAAUCCCGAAAGUACAGAGCAAGAGUCUACGAUAAAGGUCUUGCUAACCUUCAUUCUAAUAAUACUUGCACAAUCGACGGCUUCUUUUAUGCUCGGUGACCAAUGCAAUGGUGACUGGGAAUGUAGAGAGGAAAUUAUUGGAUCUAUAUGUCACAGAGGACGAUGUGCCUGUCAGCCUUUUUACGCCAGAGUCAACCAAACCACGUGUUUACAAUCUACUCUCCUUGGAUAUGACUGUUUAGUACCGGAACAAUGCUCUCUGAAGGUGGCCAAUAGUAGCUGUUUGGAUGGUGCAUGUCGUUGUAUUGAUGGUUUCCUGCAGUUCCGGAAGCAUACUUGUCUUGGACCUGCACGACCGGGAAAUGUCUGUUACAGUAAUGAACACUGCCGCUUGUGGACCGCCGAUAGUCACUGUGAUUUUUUGAUCCCAAACCUAUUUGGCAGAUGCCAGUGCAACUCUCCAUUCAAACAAGUUGGUGAUUCUUGCGUCAGAUCCGCAUUCCAAAGUGAACUUACCACUAUAGUUGCUGCUACUACCAUAACAAGUUCACCAAGGACAGGUUCAACUACCAUAAGUUCAAUGACAAGUUCAACCACAAGUUCUGCCACUACGCCACAAUUGACAACACGUCAUCAAAAUAAUGAGAUCGAAACAAAUGUUAUCGACGAUGAUUCAACUCCACAUUCACCUGUGUUUCUUAGAACUAAUUCAAAGAAAUCUGUGACGAAAAAGACACCAUCUUCCAUUACCACUACGGAACUACCUUUGACUCAAGAACCUACCUCUGCUCCAAUGGACUUUACAACUAAGACUACCAUAUCAAGCAGAUCAACCACGAUGGAACCUACAUCAGCUUCACCUAUAGAAACUGUCAAACCUUCAAUUACUUCGACUCAGCCUCCUACAACAACAGGUAUAAGGACUAGAGUGGAAAAUGGCGACGAAGCUGUCAGUUUGGGUUUACCUUGUGUAACAGAUAUUCAGUGCAGAAUGGCCGAUCCUUCUUCCAGAUGCUUAGAGGGCGUUUGUGAUUGCCUUGUCAGAUCAAAUGAGACCAGAUCUUGUUCAGCAAGAAACAGAGGAUGCAUUCCAGGAACUUUUCAGGAUUCAAUAUUUUCCAAACAAGAGCAAUUGGUAGGUACUGAAAAUUUGCGAAAAAUGUUCAUUUACGACUCUCUGAGGUGA